UGUUCCUAUAAUAGAACAUCGCAUAGUGUCGCUAGUAGAUAGUUCAUGGUGUAUGUAUAUACACACGUGGUAUCGGUAACACAGUUAUAGCUUAGUUAAUGGUGGAAUUAUGGUGUAUUUAAAUAUACUGUGUAUAUAAGGACAGCAAUACUUAUUACAGUACAUAAUAAUUUAGCGAAAACUGUUGAAAUGUAUCAUAUUAAACUAGUAUCAGUCUUUGUUUUAGAUUUUACAAUGAAAUAGAUUUCAUUUACACCGACAGUACAAUUUGUCUAACCUGCUAAGUUCAACUUACAAAUUUUGAUAAAUCUACUUAUUUUCUGACAAAGUUGUUUGCUAGUAUAUAAUCGAAGCUUUAAAGUGAAAAAUUUGCCACAAUGACUUACUUUGUAACACGAACGCUUUCAUCUAAAUUGUGGAAAGAUUGGAGUAUUGUAAGGCCAAUGAUGCAUUUUCCUAGGCAUACAUUAUCAACGAAAGCUAUGCCUCAAGAAACAACCACAAAUGUUUCAGGCAAUAUCAAAGAAAUAGAUCCUUUGAGUCAUCCAGAUUACUUUCAUGUUCAUGAUAUGUUUACUGUUAAAGAUUUAUUUAAUGCGAGAGUACAUUUUGGUCAUAAGGAAGGUUCCUUAAAUGACCUUAUGAAACCUUUUAUAUUUGGUUCAAGACUAGGGCAUUUAAUAAUUGAUUUGGAUAAAACUGCUGAGCUUUUACGAGAUGCGUUAAAUUUUACAGCUCACAUAGCAUAUAGAGGUGGAAUUAUUUUGUUCAUAGCAAAAAAUCCUCAGAUCUCUUAUAUAGUAGAAAAAACUGCCAAAGAAUGUAAUGAAUACGCACAUACUAGAAAAUGGAAACUUGGAACAUUCACAAAUUCUACCGCUGAAUUUGGAACAACCACUAGGUUACCAGAUUUGUGCAUAUUUCUUACUACUAUGGAAUCUGUAAUUCAGCAGCAUGUAGCAGUAGCACAUGCAGCCAAAAUGGCUAUACCUACAGUUGGCAUUGUUGAUACAAAUUGUAAUCCAAAUCUUAUAACUUAUCCUGUUCCUGGAAAUGAUGAUACACCUUGUACUAUAGAAUUUUAUUGUAAAUUAUUUAAAGAGGCAAUAAUGAGAGGGAAGAAGCGUAGAAAUGAAUCGUUAGAAAUAAAUGAAACAGAAACGUGAUUUCAUAUUGUA